GAAAGUUCGUGCUUACUACAUACUGAGAUGUACGGAGUUUUAAGUACGUAGUAGGCGUCACGCGCUCCUGCGUAAGCGGAAGGUCCGUCUCAUCUACUGCUCGACUGCAGCAAACACCUGACCUUAUGAGCUCUCCAGACGCGACAGCUAUAGCAACUAAUACAUGAUUGUAAGUCCAUUCAGGAUGCCUGGAUCUCUCCCUGCUGUUUGUGAAGCUGCGUGGCCUAAGGAUGUGGGAAUCAUGGCUGUGGAGGUGUAUGUGCCCUCUCAGUACGUGGAGCAAGCGGAGCUGGAAGAGUUCAAUGGGGUCGGAGCAGGGAAAUACACGGUGGGGCUGGGCCAGGCGCGCAUGGGCUUCUGCUCGGACCGGGAGGACAUCAGCUCUCUGUGCCUGACGGUGGUGCAGCGGCUGAUGGAGCGCAGCUGCCUGUCCUACCAGAGCGUGGGCCGGCUGGAGGUGGGCACGGAAACCAUCAUCGACAAGUCCAAGUCCACCAAGACCGUCCUGAUGCAGCUGUUCGAGGAGUCGGGCAACACUGACGUGGAGGGAGUGGACACCACUAACGCCUGCUACGGAGGAACCGCCGCGCUCUUCAACGCCGUCAACUGGGUGGAGUCCAGCUCCUGGGACGGCCGUUAUGCUCUGGUUGUUGCGGGUGACAUUGCUGUGUAUGCCACGGGCGGCGCCAGGCCGACAGGGGGAGCCGGAGCCGUGGCCAUGCUAGUCGGACCCAACGCCCCUCUGGCCUUCGAGAGAGGGCUUCGUGGGACACAUAUGCAACAUGCGUAUGAUUUCUAUAAGCCAGAUAUGGUGUCUGAGUAUCCAGUGGUGGACGGCAAGCUUUCCAUCCAGUGUUACCUCAGCGCUUUAGAUCGCUGCUACUCCGUCUACAGGAACAAGAUCCAUGCCCAGUGGCAGAGAGAGGGUCUUGACAAGCGUUGCAGUCUUGAAGACUUCGGCUUCAUGGUGUUCCACUCUCCUUACUGUAAACUGGUGCAGAAGUCUUUGGCUCGACUAAUGCUCAACGAUUUCCUCUGUCAUCCCAGUCCAGACACAGAGAGCGGGCCCUUCAGCGGACUGGAAGCUUUCAGAGAUGUGAAGAUUGAGGACACUUAUUUCGACAGAGAUGUGGAGAAGACCUUUAUGAAGGCCAGCUCAGAAGCGUUUGAGAAUAAGACAAAGGCGUCUCUCCUUAUAUCAAACCAGAAUGGUAACAUGUACACACCGUCAGUGUACGGCUGCUUGGCUUCGGUUCUCGCUCAACAUACACCGCAGCAGUUGGCAGGACAGAGAAUCGGUGUGUUUUCAUACGGCUCGGGCUUUGCUGCUACGCUCUACUCCAUCAAAGUCACACAGGACGCUACACCUGGAUCCUCUCUGGAUAAGUUGGUCUCCAGCCUGUGUGACUUGCAGGCCAGACUGGACUCUAGAAAGAAGGUUUCCCCGGAUGUUUUUGCUCAGAACAUGAAGCUCAGAGAAGAAACCCAUCAUUUAGCAAACUACAUCCCUCAGGGCUCGGUAGAGGAACUCUUCCCAGGAACAUGGUACCUCACUCGUGUGGACGAGAUGCAUCGCAGGCAGUACGCCAGGCGCUCGGUGAGCGAUGACAGGCCGCUGGAGGCCAGACUCCUCACUUCCAGCAAUGCAGCCGAGCAUAUUCCCAGUCCGCUCAAGAAGAUGCCCCGCAUCCCAACCGCCACAGCUGGCCCUGAGGUGCUCGUCAUUAGUAACGGGGACCAUUAAGCUUACCUCCGUGAGGUGCACACCAUGGCAGAUCACAUUGAGGACACUGAUCUGUAAAAACGACACGCUAAAAAUGGCCCCAGGACUUCUGCAGCCAGAUCACUUGUCACUGAGUGAUGUGAAACUCAAAGCUUUUGAAUGUUCCAGGACAGACUCCCUGUAGUCUGGAAAUGAAGUGUUUCUCUGUGGUGAGCUCCCACUAACUGCUGCUCACAGUCGUCUAUGCAGAAAUCCGGACUUGUUUCUUUCUUUUAAGUCCAAAUAUCUACCUGUUGGCUUUUCACAAGCUCCAUGCUGUCUUUUUUUAAACAUUAAACUAACCCCGUCAUUUAAAGCAGA